AUGGUAUUAUCAGAUAACUCAUCAGCAAAUGUUAUAAAACGAAAGGCUAUUAAUGCAUUUGGAUGUCUCGGAUCACUUUAUGAUGGUUGUCGAGAUUAUUUACUUGUACAAGAUAAUAGGAAUGUUCAAAGACAAUCGUUCAAAUCAUCUGGAUCAGCAAAAUGCAUAGUUAUACAGGGUAAUUCAGAUGCAGGUCGUAACAUUCUUCGAACUAUUGACAUUGAAAAUGAUUUACGACUGAGUUUAUUAUUGAAUUUAACACCAAAGAUUGGAAUAGCUGCAAUUUUAAAUAAUUCUUAUCGAAUAAAUGAAUAUACACGGUUUUUAUAUUAUUCCUGGAUUGACCGAGAAGAGCAAGUAUCAAAUGAAGGCAUACGAAACUUGAAAUUAAUCGAUUCAAUAAAGUCUACAACUCCUGCUACUCACAUAAUUACUGGAGUUAACUAUGGAAUCGAUGUUCUUGUUGUUUUACAAUUACCAUCAGAAACUGGUCUCAUUCCUGGAAUUGAUCAUAUACUUCAAAAAAUUAGUAGGUCUCUAUCUAAUGAUAAUGAAAUUGUUUCACUGUUAACUACUGAAGAAAGUGAUCAAAUUAGAAAAAUUACCAAUGUCACAGUUUACUCAAACAUAUCUGAUUUAACUGCUUUGAAUAACAUAUUUCAACUUCUUCAUAAACUACAAAUAAUCAAGAAGUCCAAGUCUUAUCCUCCGAUAACAUAUUAUCUUCAACCACUUGCAGUAGUAUAUCCUCAACAUAUGAGAAAUAAUGUCAAAUUUCAUAUACUACCUUCAGAACUCAAUAAUAAUCUCGAACAAUACGUCCUUGAUAGAAGAACAAUGAUAAUAAAUUUUACGAGAUCUUUUCCGAAAAAUCUUCAAAACUUCUUAUCGGGAUAUCUUGAAGGAAAACUUUGUAAUGCAUAUAAGGAAUGUUUACAUAUGAGAAAGAAAUAUCUACUCGAAAUAGAACAAUUAUCGAAAUUAUUAAUCGGUGUUCGCAACGGUCAAAUGGAAAUAUCUGUUAUCAACAAUGCAUUAAUCAACAAAGAACAAGUUACAUUAAAAAAUGAGCAUAAUGAAUUAGUUCACAAUCUAAAUGAUUUAGAAGCGAAAGCUAAUCUAAUAAAUGAUUUAUUAAAUCAAAAUUUUCAAUAUUGUAAUGUCGUCGAACGUGAUGUAAAUAAAUAUGAUAAUGAACAUACCAUCAAAACUAAAUUAAUUGAGAUUGAUCAUCGCGAUCGAAUUCUCUGUUCGGAUGAUACUUUGAACCAACGGAAUCGAGAACAAUUCAAUAAAUUACUUUUUUAUUUGAUGCAAGAAAAAAAGCAAAAUCCUAACUUACGUCUUAUCUAUGCUGAUUUUUCUUAUUCUUCCUACAAACUAUAUAACAUGUACAUUUUAUCAUCCAAUAAUAACAAAGAUUUAUCAAUCCAGAAAUCAUACCCAUCAUUCAAGAAUUUACAAACUUCUGUUUCACUACCCCGCAGAGAACCACUAAUACAACAAUCAGUCAAAGAAGAUUACAAACCUCGAACACUACCAGCCACUGAUGAAAUUAUCAAUAUUCUUCUGCUUGGUGAAACUAGUGUUGGUAAAUCAACCUUUAUCAAUGCUUUAGCCAACUAUCUUGCAUUCGAUUCACUCGAACAAGUACAGUUAAAUCAACCUAUCGUACUCAUUCCUGUCUCAUUUAUUAUGACGACUGGUGAUAAUUUUGACGAACGUAUAGUCAAAUUUGGUGAUAUGGUGAAUUAUUCAAAUGAUGAAGAUUUUAAUCAUCCUGGUCAAUCUGUAACACAACAUUGUAAAUCUUAUAUAUUUGAUCUUAAGCAUACUGAUGAAAAAUUUAGAAGAAAGAUACGCAUUAUUGAUACACCUGGCUUUGGUGAUACACGGGGUCUUGAUCAAGAUAAUCGAAAUAUGGAACAUAUUUUACAAUAUAUCAAUAAUCUUACACAUUUGAAUGCUAUUUGUUUCCUUCUGAAACCAAAUGAAACAAGAUUAAAUAUAUUUUUUCGUACAUGUCUUAUUCAAUUAUUUUCUCUUCUUGGUCCAACAGCUCGUAAUAAUAUUAUUUUUUGUUUUACGAAUGCUCGAUCAACAUUUUAUACACCUGGAAAUACAGCUCCAUUACUCAAAACGAUGCUUGCAUCAUCUUCGAUGAGUGACAUUGCUUUUAAAAAAGAGAAUACAUUUUGUUUUGAUAAUGAAUCAUUUCGAUAUUUAGUUGCUCUACGAAAUCGAAUUUCGUUCACUCAUGAAGAAAAACAUGAAUAUGAAAUGAGUUGGUCAACUUCAGUAAAAGAAUCUAAUCGUUUAAUUGAUUACAUUAAUAAAGCACGCACCGUAUAUCAUGUAGACAAAGGAUGGCAAUCAAUUAAACAUGCUCAAUUUGAAAUUUCUUAUAUGAUUCGUCCAAUAUUAGAAACAAUGAGAAAUAUUCUUCGUAAUAUUAUAUUAUGCAAGAAGAAACUAACGAACCAACUCAUUGAACUAAAUUCGAAUCCUCUUCAUUUUACAGCUAGUCGUUGUCGUUCUUGUAAAGGUGAUUUACAAGAAGUUGGUACAUUUUGGAUUUUAUCAACUAGUUUACAUGAAAUUCAUAAUGAAUGUCUCAUGUGCAAGUGUACUCUCGACCAACAUGUUCCAAUCGAUUAUAUGCUCGAUUAUAAAUGUUCGAGUAAAACUUCGAGUGAUUUUCAAAAUGGAAUUGGCAAUAUACGAAAUACGCUGUGUCAUGCGAGUGCUAAAUUAGCUCAUUUUCUCAUUUAUACAGCUUGUUCUACAAAAGAUGAUCCGUUUUUGAAUGGUUUGGAAGAAAUGAUUGUUGAAGAAACAUAUAUCUGUGAAAUUCAAAAAUCAAAUGAUUUCAAUAUACAAUUGGUUCAAGAAUUGUCAAAACUUGAAAGUCAAUAUGAACAACAUAUGAACAAAUUGAAAUCAACCAAAGAAAAUUUCGAUGUGCAAGCUGUAUAUGAAUUAAUUAAGAUCAUCAGUAAUUAUCCUACAGUUCGUGAACAGAUGAUAACUGUUAAGCAAAGACAGCGAAUGAUAAUUGAAGAAUACGAAUAUGAAGUACAAAAUAUUUAA